AUGAGUAAACCCAGGAUUUCAAUAUGCCAGAUAAAAAGCGUCGGCGACAUCAAGGGAUGGAGCUUGAAAGGAAUAGAGUCAUGCAGAAAGAAAAUAUUCGGGUACGCAGAAAAUAUGCCGGGCGAAAAAAACUGGAUUAAACCUCUAGUAGGGAAGAGCAUGCAAAAUUAUUAUUUUCCGUCUAAAUAUUUACACUUAGAUUUUAACUUAAAGGAGUAUAUGAGGAUGCAGACCGUGCGUUUUAAAAAGAAGGAGAUAGACGACAGCUUAAUUAAUUUACAAAAAUGUAUUAAUCUCAUAAUUGAGAACAAAGACAAGGUGGAAAAUUUUUUAGCAAGCAUACCAAAGGAGUUGUAUCUUGAAAAUCAGAGCUUGAGAGAUUUUUACUCUCUAUAUUUGACCGUCUUUCCCGACCAUAAAGAUCAGCACGAAGAGAAGUACCAACACAAGCAUGCGUUAUCGCCCGAUGAUUUAAGAGAAUUAAAUUUGCACGAACACAAAUUCAGUUGGUUUAGUCAGCGAGUGAACAAUGGUAGGGGAACGCAAGCGGAUAAGUCCAAUUUCGAGGACUCCCCUUUUUGCACACAAAAUGGAAGUGAAAACGAAAAUUACCUGAACAAGUCAGGCAAAAUGGGAAAAAAAAAGGUGACACCCGAGGAGCAGGAAAAAGGUGAAGAACGCCAAGAGGCAUGUGAAGAAGUAACAACACACACGAACAGUUAUGACAAAAUAAUUUUUGCCAAAACGAAGGGAAGGCUGUCAUUUAGGAGGAUAAUACUUGGGGAGAAAUCCCCGGAACGUGGGGAUAAGCCGCUGACAGGAUUGAAUUGUGGGAAGGAAGUAAAUACAACAGUCGAAAAGCUACACUACGUAGACUGUGACGUGAAUAUAGGACUAGAGGAGCGCCGAGAAAAAACGAAAGCAGAAAUUGAGGAACACGAAACAUCAAAAAAUCACCUUUUGAAUUUGCUAAGCCAAAAUGAACAUUUACAAAACACUUUUUCCAUCAGAAACAGGUUUAUCGAUCCGCUGUAUCUCCGACGUAGGUAUUCCUUCAUUGACAAAUUAACAAAAAAGAAAAUAAAAAAAGAAAAGUAUAAAACUUACAGAAAGCACUUCAUUCAACAUGCCGAUGAGAAGGAAGUGUGGCCAGAUAACAAAGGAUUGCUCAACAAGGUUUACCCAAAUCCCUACUCGUGA